AGUUCAUCUUUGUCUUACUUUGCUGUGUUGUCAUAUUGGCCAUUGCAAAGGCUUAUAGAGAACUUGUUCUUACAUGAAAAUAUCAACGUGUGUUUCAUCCGCGGAGGAAGAGAAACUAAGGCAGUACUAUAUCUAUGGGAGUAGGCCAGGCAUCUGUAUUUCAGCUAUCCACUUUUCACGGAGGAUAGCAGACCUUAUUGGUGGUAGCAAUCGCGUUGAGGAAAGGCACAGUAGCUGGUGUUUUUGCUUCUCGAAAAUGUCAUUUGCUGUAGCUCAUUCGGCGUUCCCGAUUCUGUCGACAAGCAUGGGACCAUCUGGGAACGGCAUGGCAAAUGGAGGCGCAGAAACAAGGGCAUGCGAACCCGUACUCAGCAGCAAGACUCAGUCCCUGACCACACAAGACCCACGCAAGCCAGCUCUGGAUGCGGAUACAACGAAGACAGUCCCACAGAAGCUGGUGGGACAUAAGAACUUUGUCAGGGAGAACCUGAAGUCGGACCGGUUCGUGGUGAAAGGGUUCCAUCAUGUGGAGUUUUACUGUGGUGAUGCUCUCAAUGUGAGUCAUAGGUUUGCGUGGGCGAUGGGCAUGCGUGAAACCGCGCAGUCGAACCUCACGACGGGUAAUCACCUUUACAGCAGUCGUGUGCUCCAAUCUGGCGACAUCACCUUUGUCUUCACAGCACCCUAUUCCAAGCAGUUAUGUGCCAAGGAGCUCUCCGCAGUGGAGCAGGGGCAAGAUAGUUUACCAGCUGUUCCGCAUCCUCAUUUCAAUCCAGAGAAUGCUCGUUCCUUCUUUGACAARCAUGGAGUAGCUGUGGCUGCUGUUGGGCUUCUUGUUGGGGAUGCAGCAACCGCCUAUGAAGAGAGCACCAAACAUGGUGGCAUUGGCAUGCUCAAGCCCGUACGUCUUGUCGAUGCAACCACUGGUGGAGUGAUGGACAUAUCAGAGGUGGUGCUGUACGGAGAUGUUGUGCUUCGUUACGUGAGCACCCCGGAGUUGCCCUCUGAUGAUGAGAGCAUGGAUAACGAGCAGCCGCCGCGAGAAGGUCUCAAGCCCUUUCAAGGUCCCUUCCUUCCCAACUACCGACCUGUGGAGGCACCCAUUUGCACACUUGGGUUGACCAAUAUCGACCAUGUUGUCGGCAACGUACCCCAGCUUCUGCCUGCAGUCCAGUACAUUGCAAACAUGACAGGUUUCCACGAGUUCGCUGAGUUUGUUGCAGAGGACGUCGGAACCGUUGACAGUGGACUGAACAGCAUGGUGAUGGCAGACAACAGCGAGAAGGUGCUCAUGCCAGUCAAUGAGCCAACGUUUGGGACAAAGCGGCAGUCCCAGAUCCAAACGUACCUGGAACACAAUGAAGGGCCCGGGGUCCAGCAUAUUGCCCUUGCGUGUGAUGACAUCUUUCAUACUCUGAGGCAGAUGCGAGCGAGGAGCUCGAUGGGAGGAUUUGAGUUCAUGCCCAGAGCAUCAGAUGCGUACUAUAAGUGCCUGCCGGAGAAGUUCGGGGAGGACCUCACGCCGGAGCAGCUACAGCAAUGUAAGGAACUGGGCAUUCUAGUCGAUAAGGACGAUCAGGGACUGCUGCUGCAGAUCUUCACAAGGCCAGUCGGCGACCGGCCAACAAUCUUCAUCGAGAUAAUUCAACGUGUCGGCUGCAUGGAGGUGGACCAAGACGGCAACGUUGCGCAGAGAGGCGGUUGCGGAGGCUUUGGCAAGGGAAAUUUCUCAGAGCUAUUCAAGUCGAUUGAAGAGUUUGAGAAAACGUUUGACUGAAGGGGAAAUGUAGGAGUUUAUUUAGGGGAUGGAAUGGAAGGAACUAGGGGUGAGGUUGUUGAUAGCAGAGUGUGAACAGAACACGGCUUCCUGAGGUGCACAGUGAAGACUCCGAGGAGUCGUGAGUGCAGGUUCUCCUGAAAAGCCCAAGCACUUUUUGACCGGAUAUUUGCCCACUUUCCAAUACUUUCCAAUCUUCUCAGUGCACAUAAUGUGUGCGCAAUCUUCCUGGGCUGCCUGAGCUGCCUGGGCUAUUUUUCUCCUCUCUAUGGCGCAGUUGGCUAGGCAUGUCCUUUCUCUGUAUUUAUUGUCAAUGUUGAUGACAGCGUGGUGUAUAGAAGCAUCUGACAUGCAACAUAAUAACCUGCUUAGAGCAAAGCAGGCGGGAGAUGAUAUGCAGGCUCGUGAACACUGAUUUUCGAAAGGAAGGAGUAUAUUAUCGCUCAUACAUGUUUGUUUAACUUUGUUAGUAUUUCAGUGAGAUAUUUGAUUUCUAGUUUCAG